ACCAAUCGACGACAGACGUCAUUUAAAUGUCAGUCGGCUGAAGAGCGAAAACUUGUAUCCACUAUCGAUAAUAUCCGCAAUAGUUUCCAAUUUUAUCCAAUUACUCUCUCACUAAGCAAAAAAGAAAUUACAGAAGACAGAAGUCUUACCGGAUAUCACCACGAAUUUCAUCAAAUUUUUUGCAACAAUGGUGCAGAAAGGGCCUCGACCUUUGGUGCUGUGCGGUCCCUCGGGAUCUGGAAAGAGUACUCUGCUGAAGCGCCUUCUCAAAGAAUUUCCCGAUAAGUUUGGGUUCAGCGUUUCUCACACGACGAGAGGCCCCCGGCCGGGAGAGAAGAAUGGAGUCCAUUACCAUUUCACUACAAAAGAUGAAAUGCUCGCUGCCAUUGAAAAAGGUGAAUUUCUAGAAACCGCUACAUUCAGUGGGAACACCUAUGGGACAAGUAAGAGAGCUGUAGAAGAUGUUCGCCGCACUGGAAAGAUCUGUGUACUGGAUAUUGAGAUAGAAGGUGUGAAACAAGUGAAGCGCUCAGACCUCGACCCUCUACUGGUGUUUGUGAUGCCGCCUUCAAUCAAUGAGCUGGAGAGACGCCUGCGUGGACGCAACACGGAGUCUGAUGAGGCACUGAAGCUGAGACUCGAGACAGCGAGGAAGGAAAUUGAAUAUGGGCAGGAACCUGGCAACUUCCACAUCAUCAUCAUGAACGACAACUUGAAUAAGGCGUAUUCGGAACUGCGCGAGUUUAUUGCGCAGAAUGUGAAGGACAACGACCAAGACCUCCGUGGGCUGUAAGAAGUAAACUACAAGGAAUUAGUCGCCACUUCAUUAUUUAAGGAAUAUACGUAUGUAUACGUUAAGUAUAUAUUCUAAUAAGGUAAUACUUUUAUUCAUUUGGGCAUUGAAUUAAUAAACCAUUCCAUGAAAGAAAUACUAUGCCGUAUCUAUGUAAUCAUAAUGGUGUUACCAAACAAACGUAUUUUGCGUCUACCGAGGAUGAUAAUUCAUCGAUCGAACCAUUAUAUGGGCGAUUGUGCACUACAAUGAAUUUUACUGUCCGGCAGUCCGAGUUUUUACGGUCCGAUAUGGCACGCCAUUAAAUGUAUAUAGUAGCUUGUGCACUAGACGUAAUUUUACCGUCCGACAUUUUACUUUUCCCCAUUCCGGACAGUUUUUUUCCGGUCCGAGAUGACAGCUAUGAAUAACGUGUUUAUGCUUGUGCACUGCGUCUGGAAUUAGUAUUAUUCAUGACUUGGCCGGGCGGGGGCGGGCUAGGGGGGGUGUGUGUUUCAUGCCACUGCGCCGCACCUGCGAGUAAAAAGACGGACAAGUGCACAAGCCAAUCAUCCGUUUUUAUCAUGCCAUAUCGGACCAUGAAAACUCGGACGGCCGGACAGAAAAAUUCAUUGUAGUGCACAAUCGCCCUAAGACCGAUCGUCACAUUGAUUGGUGUAGAAUGAAAUGUGUAAAUAAAGAUAAUAACUUCGGUUUGGUAACACUCUUAUAUAGGCAUGUUUUUUGCUUAGUUUUCUUUAUGUAUUAUAUGUCGUGAUGAACAUCUGUUGUUUGUAUUUUAUUGUGAUGUACCUUUUAAGUUGAUGCAAGUCAUUUAACUAUGCAAUAUUUACUUCCAUUAUUAAUUUAUUACUUAGACCAGUGUGUUUCAAGCUGUGUAGCGCGACCCCCAUUCUUAAGAAGUCUCUUUAAAAAAAUAUAUAUAGUUGCAAACAGCAGAAGCUUAGGGUAUCGCGAAUUAAUUUUAUUAUAAUAUAGUUUCACAUGUUUGUUUCUUUCAUUAAUUUUAAUAUUGUUGAAAUUGUAACAUAAAAUGUCUAACAUUGUAACAUAACCUACGCUUGUAAUCGGGAAGGAACUGGCUCUUGAGACACAGGGAAACCUACUUUGAGAGCCAAUGUUAUAUAAGGUGUAUUCGGGUAUUACCGAAUGUCGGAUAAUUCCGAAAUUCAGAUGAAAAUCACCCUUAAUUCCAUCAUAAUAAAAGUCUCUUUCGGAAUUAUCCGACAGUUUUCGACAUUCGGAAUUACCCGAGUAAACCUUAACAACUCAAAGUUGCAAUAAAGAUUAUUUUAUUUUAUUAAAGGGGCUGCCCCCUUGAAAAAGGUUGAAAACCACUGACAUAGGCCUAAAUCUCAUAAGUUUAAUUUAAAUCAUCUCAUUUUGGAAAUGAAUUGUAUCAUAUCUCAGUCCUAGCUAUCCAGGUAUAAUGUUGCUAACAUAGUAGGCAUUUGUCGUUGUCACGUGAAUGUUGUUACAAAUACAGGAUAAAAAUGUU